AUGGAAGUGAACGAGACUAAUAAUAAUAGGGAUAUACUACUAAUUUACUCCUUAUUAUUACUAUUGCCGGAUAUAAUUAUAGGUUACUUAGCGCGGUUCGGCGUGGAUAUAAACCAGCCCACAACGAUUAAUAUAUAG